AUGAACAGUGAAACCGAAGAACUGCAACUUUACGAAGAAGUACAUCCUCGCCUUAAAGUGCAGCGCUAUGAAGAGGAGCACUGGGAUAACGCUAUUCGACAAUACCGUGAAAUCGAAAAACGUUUCUGGAAGGAAGAAAAUCAAUUAGUGAUCGACCGACUCAAGGCGACUCAGUUUCCAGUCGGCGCAUAUCAUCAGCCAUUCGUGCAUGUGCUGGACAUUGCCAGAGAUGGUGCAGUUCUUCCCCACAUUGACAGCGUUAGGUACUGCGGAAGCACGAUCAGCGGAAUCAGUCUGUUAUCAGAUGCCGUCAUGCGACUUGUUCACGCGAAAGACAAGCAGCUGAUGAUUGACUUGUACCUGAAGCGCCGCUCAGUUUACACCAUAACGUAAGC